UCGAGAUAGCGGAACUCUCUCCGUUCCUCUUUCCUCUCACGUUAAAACAUUUUAAUCUUUAAAACCCUUCAGUACUUCUAAAAUUUAAGUGAGGAGGAAGUCCGAUAAGUGGGCGUUCCCUGUGGUGGGUGUGGUUUCGCAGGAGCAGGAAGACUCCUUUGUUUACGUUUUUCACAUAGCAUGUGACGUUACAGCUAGACGUCGCCAACAGCGAUGAGUCGGUUUGAUAACGCAGUGCAUAAACAAGUGAUGAGGAAAAGGAUUUAUCGGCUUUGUUAAGUCGAUUACAUGGUUUUAGUCUACUGUAAGGACUCAUUGAUUGAUUGAUUCGGGGAAUUCUGAGAAAAGACACUGCAGACGUUUCAUCGUGUAGUUUGAUCUUGGCUUCAUCAUAUGUGACAGAAUAUCACAUAGUAACUGAUGGUGCACCGGAAUCUCGUUUUUCCUUUUUCUUGAUAUGAUUUAUCUGAUUUUAUUUCAGUUUUGCUUUAUUUUAUUUGAAAGCUUUGGUCUAUUUUGAUCAUUUUAACCUUUUUUUUUUUCCUUUUUUUUCUUACAUCUAUCAUCAUAAUGCACAUUCCGGUUCCACCUUCGCCCAUAAAACCCGCCGUGGCCCCAUCAGUACAGCUGGGGGUCACGGUUCUUUACACUUGUCUUUAUGGGGGUUUGUUUUUAGUCGUAUACGUUCAGCUUUGGUUGCUGUUACUCUACCGGCAUAAGCGAUGGAGCUACCAGAGUAUUUUUCUGUUUCUUUGCCUGUUCUGGGCAGCGCUUCGCACAGCACUCUUCUCGUUUUAUUUUCAUAAUGCCCUUGCGGCCAACCUCCUGCCCACUCCAGUCUACUGGCUCCUUUACUGCUUCCCAGUGUGCUUACAGUUCUUUACCCUGAGCCUCUUCAACCUUUACUUCACUCAGGAGCUGCUCAAAGUUAGAAGCGUAUUCAGUGUUGAGCCCAGGAAAGGACUAUGGGUGGCACGGUGUGUGUAUGCCAGCAUGAGCGUCAUCUUCCUGUGUGUCAAUAUAGUUUGCGCAAGCCUCGGACAGCAUGGCUCUUCCGAUGGAGCUGGAGACAAUACUUGGAGGCUGGUUCUGGUUCGGGUGCUGGUUAAUGACCUGCUAUUCAUUCUAGAAGCUGUGUGUCUGGCCACGUCUCUGCUCCUCUUAACUCGGUCCUCGCACCCUACCACUCCUUAUACACGCAGUAAGGGGCUUUGUCGGACUGUGGUGCUGGGGGCAGGUGUCAUCUUGCUCUUCUCUAGCAGGGCAUGCUACAAUCUUGCUGUGCUGGUUUUGUCUCAGAAUCAUAAAGUCGAGGCGUUUGACUAUGACUGGUACAACAUCUCUGAUCAGGCUGACCUUCAGAGUGAGCUCGGAGACAGAGGCUACAUUAUCUUCGGAGCUGUUCUCUUUAUUUGGGAGCUGCUUCCUACCAGCCUGCUCAUUCUCAUCUUCAGAGUUCGCCAGCCUCCUCAAGAAAAGAACUGCAGCCCAGCGAUGUGCAACACACGAGGCUCGCGCUCAUAUUUCUUUGACGAUCCUCGUGGAAUGGAUGACACAGGUGCUCUCUGGAGUCACAGCAUCAAUCCUCACAGCAGCUGGUUUGGAUCCAGUGAGACGACUCCACUCCUCUUCAACCGGACUCCGCAGAGCAACCAGCACCACUCUCUCUACUCCACUCCUCAGACCUGAACGCUACGCAAAGCUGCAGAGAUCUUCUCUGACCUUCUCAGGCGAUAGUACAGCAUUACCUCUUCCUGUGGAGUAGCUCAUUGGGUUUGUUUGCACUAAUAUUCAUCAGAAGCAUCUGUACUUCUGAAGUUGCACCUUGACUUUUGACUAGUUGCUUGUGAUUAAAGGGACCAGUUGGCAAUUUUCUUUAAGGAGUAAAGGAAGAGUUAUAACAUUUACCUUUUCAUCAUUUAUAAGCGUAACCUUAAUAUGUAUUAACAUUAUUUUUGUGCAAAAAGAUGAUAUUCUAUUUUAAAUGGUGCAUACAGAAGCAAUACUUUUGGUACUAACCUUGUGCUCUGAUAUUUGUCAAUUUAUCUGAAUAAAAAAAAUUAUUUAAACA